UCAGGGGCCAUGAUCCGGCUGGGCGGCUGGUGUGCGCGGCGGCCCCGCGGCGCGGCGUUCCCGGCGGGGAGGCGCUGGCGGUCGGGCGGGCCGGCGGGCCGGGGGGCCGGCCGCGCCCUGCGGGUGCUGGUGGACAUGGACGGCGUGUUGGCCGACUUCGAGGGCGGCUUCCUCAGGAAGUUCCGCGCGCGCUUCCCCGACCAGCCCUUCAUCGCGCUGGAGGACCGGCGCGGCUUCUGGUUGUCGGAGCAGUACGGCCUCCUGCAGCCCGGCCUGAGCGAGAAGGCCAUUAGCAUAUGGGAAUCAGAAAAUUUCUUUCUUGACCUGGAGCCUCUACCAGGGGCUGUAGAAGCUGUGAAGCAGAUGGCCAACCUAGAAAACACCCAUGUCUUCAUCUGCACGAGCCCCAUCAAGAUGUACAAGUACUGUCCCUAUGAGAAGGGGCCGAGCCGAACCCCAGCUGGGAGCACAUCCUCUUCACAGCCUGCCACAACCGGCACCUGCAGCUGCCGCGCCCCGGCCGCAGGCUGCACUCGUGGGCGGACGACUGGAAGGCCAUUCUGGACAGCAAGCGGCCCCGCUGAGCUGGACUGCACUCUGGGCUUCCCCGCGGGGCCCCUGACCUCAGGGUGCCCGGCUCGGGGCCUGGGGGGCGGGGGGCUCCCUCUCAGAUGGCCCAGGCCCCCUGCAUGUCUCCCUGCUCUCCCAGCCCUGCCAGGCCUUAAACUGGUCUCGGGGCAGGGCUGGCCCGGGGCCCUGGACGAGACACACGGGUGGCCGGGCGGUGCGGGGUUAGGGCUCCAGACCUAAGACGCCGAGGGGCCGGCAGUCCAACUCCAUCCCUCAGGGAAGUCCCGCUGUCACCACCGGGUCUGUGACCCCUUGGCCAGGUGCUCCAGGGUGAGGGCUGCGAGCAGGAGCAGGUGGGAGGAGUCCUCACAUUCUGGGCUGUGCAGCCCCUUCCCCCCUGCACCCCGAGCGAACACUCCCCGAGCUCCACGGCCCCCCAGGCUCCGUGCAGGGUGCACAGCACACCACCCUGCCUUGGGCCGGCUCGGAGGUGUCUCGUUCUCCUGUCCCUGGGGCCCUGCUCAGGGCCCCACACUUGGCAGCCUUGAACAUUCGGUGAAGGCCUGCAAAAUAAAUGCAGUUCACGUGUCGCCCGAGGAUGUGGCCCCUCUAGCCCCUGCCCGAGAUCCUCUGGCGUCUGACCUCUGGGCACCCAGCUAGCAGCACAUCUUGUAAGUACUUGGGUGGCCCCUGCACUGAUGAGGGGGGCUGAGGCGGGUGUGGCCUCACUGCCCACUUCACCAAGGGUGUGGCGUGUCAAAGGAGGACUAGGCUGAGAUAGGAGCUGGUGGCCAGGUGGCCCCCCACCACAUUGACCGAUCCCCCUCACUGCAUCCUUCCCACGCAUGCCCCCCAGGCCUCCGGCCCCUCCUGCCCUACACAGUUCAGAGCAGGGGCCCCCAUUCUCUGCUCCUCUCCCACACCGGGUUCCUAAUGAGAUCUCGGGAGCUGUGUAAAGGGGGCAGGGUGAUAUUAUUCUCUUGUAUUAUUUUUGGCUUCUGUUAUCUUCAGCCCAGUGGGAAGCGGCAACGUGAACCCAUCAUUGCCUCCCUAGGUUUUCUUCGAGGCCCUCCCCCUCUCACUUGCUGUUCCCCCAUCACUGCCCUGCAGGGAACCUCUAAUAGUCCAUUUCUGGGGGUGUCCUGGCUGCCUCUGUGACUGGCAUGCUUGGGCUGCCCCAGAGGGUAGGGCCAAAUGGGAGAAAAGGUGAGGGAAAAGUGCCUGAAGCUCAAGCUGGCUAUCCAGAUGAGCAAGGAAGGACUGUUUGCUUGGUCAAAGGCAGUUUUCCACGGCGCUGCCUCUGUCAGUUUCUGGAUCCCUCCAGGUGGGGCCAGGGCUCUGCGGGUUCGUCCUAUGAGGAGUGGAUUUGUGGUUGCAUCACCUGACCAGGGCAGUGUGGGGGCAAGGGGGGGAUCCUGGCCAUCCUAGCCUCUGGCUCUGGAGGGAAGUCAGAGCCUGGAGGGCGGGCUCCCCAGCUGCUCCCCAAAGACCCUCAGUCCCUCUAUUGCUGCCCAGUCGAGGACACGGCCACUGUCUAAGGGCCAGAAGACCAUGUCACCUGCAUGGUGUGCUUUUCUUCCUAGGCCUAUGUCUUGUGGCCUCCAUACCUUGUGGUUGCCAGCCUGGGGUUGCUUGCCCCUGGGCCUUCACACCCUCUCUGAAGAGCCUCCCCUGCCUAGUGGUCAUGCAUAGAUCCCCUAGGAUCCCAUAGCUUGGGACUGGCACGGCAUCGCAGCCUUUGACUUGCUGAGAACCACUCUCCCUGGACUUGACCUUCUGGCUAGGAGCCUCCUCCUGCUGGAGCACCUGCUGCUCUGCUCAUGCUGUUGGUGCUAGCUCAAGGCCAUGGCAGUGAACCAGACCCAGCCUGGUGCCCUCAAAACAAAAAGCUGCUUCACUCAUAUCUAUUUUGGGGCUUCUUUCUGCUGAGGAUGGAAGGUUAAUCCCAUCAGGUUUUUCUCAGCCACAUCUGGUUCCUCCCCAGAGGGUGUCCCAAGCAUGGGGUAGGAGGGGGGUGGGGAUGUGGGGUGUGUAGAUGCAAGGGCGCUCUUCUUCGUGUAGUGAUGACAGCGGUGAAGGGAUUCCCCCCCUCAUCCUCAUGCUGGUGUCACUGGACCCAUGGGUGCUGGCACCGCUGAGAUAGCCUGUUCCCUCAACAUUAGCUUUAGGGCCCCACGGAUGGUGGACAGGCCACUUCAGCCACAGGAGAUAGUUGCUCUGGACAGUGCCCUGCUGGGGGCAGUGAGACUCCUUUGCUCACCUCCUGCAGCCUUUUCCUCCCAUGCUCCUGGCCCCUGGUGACCUGCAUGGAGCUCUAGGGCCAUGGGCAUGAGGAGGGGCAUGGGAGGGGAGGCCAGGGCACAGAGCACCCUCUCGGGGACUCCCUCCCUCUUGCAUCUGCCAGCCCUUGCUGUCUGCUCCCCGCCCGUGGUGGGUCCUGAUCCUACACCUGCCCCUCACAGAGCUAUGGCAAGGGUGCUGUGCUCCCAGUCUUCCAAAACCUUUCCUUUUAAACUGAUGGCCACUGGGAGUUUUAAAGGCCAGUUUAAAAACUCCAAAGCUACAAAUUGCUGAAUUCAUUCUUUAUUCAUCGAAGAUCACUCACCCUGAGGUAUAGCACUCACUGCUUCAGCUGCCUAACACGUUUAAAGGAGAAAAAAAUAAUUGCAGGGGAAAGAUUGCUUUAGUCAGUGCUUUGGAAUGUGGCCCCACCAGACAAGCCAUCCAGAGCUCACUGUAAUUACAACCAGCUCUCCAGGAUAGGUCUGAGGGCUGCACAAGGGUAAGUGGGGUGGGGCCCUGGCCAGCCUGAUGUCCUGGAGAGGUCCCUUCCAGCAGGGGGCAUUGACUGAGGUCUGGGUAGAAGAAGGUAGAGCCCUUUCAGCUGAGGGGAGGCAGUGCAAAGGCCCUGGGGCUAGAAGUUCUUGCCAAGAAGCAGCCAGUAUAGGAGAGAAGAAGCCCCAGAACUGGAAGCUGAAGAGAUGGGGGCGGGGGGAGCUGGGAGGUGGAGCCUGGGCAGGUAACCAGCAAGGAGAGGCUGCCUGCCCGCUGACACUCACUCUGCCGUGGGUGCUGUCAAUGCCCUCACUGUGCCAGGAGGGAGGGACACCGCAGCAGCCGAUGACAGGACAGCAUGGCCUUAUGAUUUUGUGAUGGUGGUGGUCGAAACAGAACACACACAAUUGAAAUGAAGGUGAUUUUCUUCAAA